AUGGCUCAUGCCGAUCUAGCUGGGAUCUGCCCUAGAGCCAUUCCUUCUACAGAUCUCAGUGAACUCUACUGCAAGUUCCAUGAUCUGCCCAAUUCCUUGAUUCCUGCACUCCCUUCAUAUGACUUGCCAGAUCUUCCUGCUUUCUGCGCAUCCAGGCCCAUGACACUGGACACUCGUGUCGACGACAUCAACCAUCUCACUCACACCAGACCUUGGUGUCUUGCAAUACAUUCAUCAUUAUUGAUUGUGCCGAGCUACCUCUGGAUGGAGUGUCCACAGCGGUUAGUCGAGACCUGCAGUAACAAUCACAUUAUCACACCUAUGGACAAGAAAAGUCAUAGAGACUUCUCUACAACAUACCUCAAUAGAAAUUGUAAUACACAAGAUGUUACCACAUAUCUUGACAGGAUUCAUAAUAGACAUGUUCUUGUCACAGAUAUCAGGUUUUAG